AUGCUCGCCGGGCCUGGUUUGGCCGCAAAUGCGGGCAGCACAGUACUCUAUCGAAGCUCAAAGGUGCUCGUGAGAGCGCAAGCAGCGCCGUUGGAAGCCUUGCCACCGCCAUUCUUAUGUCCGGUCAUCGAGUCUUCUCUUGCGAAAGCAAGCAGAACGCAAUCGACAGACCGCCCUUCCUCGUCCUCGUCCUCGUCCUCGUCCUCCUUAGUGCAACCCGGGGCGUACAGAAUUAGGAAAAAUGUUCAUCUGACUGCGAGGUUCUUCGCACCAGUGCCACCGCUGCGAGCUGCUCUUGGCUCGCCUUCGACACGAAGAUACUCCUCCCGAGCAGCCACCGCUUCGGCAUUCGAUGUCAACUUCGCCAGCGACGCGAGCUUUCCAACAUCGACUAGCCCAGACGUUUGUCUCGAUUCACAGAACGUCGAACAUCCGCAGCCAACACCGACUCAUCGAGAGCAACCUUCCGGCGCGCCACCCGACUGGCGGCGGAAGUUCCCCAAAACACAUUGGAGAAGAGAGAUCGAUUUCAACCGCUACAGCCCGCCUUUGAGACGGCAGCGGAAUCUUCCCGAAGAUGCACCAGCUCUCUACGAGGAUGAGAUCAAGGCAUCAGCAGCAUGGCUGCCUGACUCCCAGUGGACUCUCAGCGUACCAGAAGACUACCCACUCACACACGAGCUCUUUCUCGUCCUCGACAGCUUGGACGACAUCUCACACAGCCGGUCUGACCCCGAUUGUGCUAGUCUCUUGCUCGAGACGGUGCGGCAGGCAAGGGAGCGGAUAUGGGCGAACCCACAGCAUCCGCUCGGUCGCUCUCAAGACAGGGACGUCGCGCUGUACCUAGCAGGAAAGGUCGCAGAAACGUAUGUCAAACUCGACGCCGAAGCCUCGAUGGACCGCCUCAUACCCUUCCUCGACUAUGUUCAAGGCCAGAUCAGCGCUCUUCCACUCGAAUGCUUUCACGCUCUGGCAGCACGUGCUGGUAUCGCACGUCGCUACGAUGCUGUGCUAAAGAUUUGCCAGGUAGCUCUGUUGCACCACGGCGGCAAGGCUGACGCUGAGCUUCUCCACCUCCGAUUACGCGCUCUCGUCGCACAGUCCAAGGAUGUCGAUCUUUCACGAUACUGGGAUCUGUAUGCCGAAGCGGGCGCCACUGUCCCACGCAAGACGUUUGAUUUGCUGCUGCGAACGCAUGUGCGUCGACAAGACGUGGAGCAGCUCAACGAGGUGCUGGAAGCGAUGCCCAAGCACGGGCAUGAGGUCGACGCCAAGGCUUGGCUAACCAUCCUUCGUGGCUUUCAGGGGUUCAGACCAACUCUGGCAACGAUGCUGCGACGGGACGCCAAGAUUGUGCAGAGUCCCACGCUCAACGUGGUCAACCAGUUGUUACUGCUGCUAUCUAAGGAACUUGACGUGGAUGGUGCCCUGAUGGUGUUGCGCAUCUUCCGCAUCCCUUCAAUCCCACAAAUCGGACCCACAGCCAGUGUGUCUGCUCAGGAGGUCGAAGCCUCGAUCAUCAACGGACCAAGCCCGCAACCCAACGUGCAGACGUACGCCGUCUUGACGCAUAUGUUUGGCCGCCUUGGUCGCGGCAAGGAGGCGCUCGGCUUCUUCCAACUAGCCCUCUCUGCGUCGACCAACCGUGACGGAAGCGUCUGUACCGCUGCAGCUUUGCAGCAAGCUUCCUCGUCCGUGAUGAGGGCGUAUUGCAAUACCGGUCAUCCAGUGCGCGCCAUGUGGUUCGCCACCGCAGUGCUUGGGCUGCCGUUCUUUGGCAGCGCUGAGGGCAAGAGCGCAUCAUCAACUGACUACAAGAUGCAAACAUCGCUUCCGCUCGAGAUGGCCGCCACCACGACACACUACCGCAUCUUGCUCAAGUGUGCUUCUGCGAUUGGCUCACCUGAUGCCGCCCGGCGAAUUGUGGUGCACCUUCUGCAGCACGGCUAUACUAUCGACGAGCAAGUGCUGCGUGGACUUGCGCGUCUGAUCUUUUCUACUAUCGAUCGGGAUGCGCUCGAGUCGAUUCGGGUUAUCCGACGUCUCUUGCCUAGGCAAGGCAAAGACGGGACCAUUUCAAAGCGGAAUCAGCGUCUUGGAUCGCUGUCAGACCUGCUGCAGCAUCUCGGGACAUCCGAUCGAGUCGUCUUGGCUUCGCAACAUGCUACAAGUCUCAUGCGUGACGUGGGCAAAGUCGACAGCAAGCCAAAACCGAAGCCCCGACGGGUCGGCGAUAAGUUCGACAGCCUAGCUUCUUCGUAUACAAAAGACGAAUUGCGAGACUGGCUCAUCCAGGACUCGUCUUCGCUCUUUCGAGGCGUCUCUUCAACGCACGAUGACAACGGCGAUGCGCCGGCUUUGGCGCAAGACCUAAGCCAGCCACUCUCGCCCGAGGCGUAUGCUAUGCGCAUCCGAGUGUACGCCGUGGUGCGCCGCGAUUACGAAUCUGCGCAAAAGGUGUAUCACGCCAUGCUUGCGAAUCACGUCAAGCCCACAAUGAUGCACAUCGCCCCACUCAUCGAGGGUCUCACUGCAGUGGGCAAGCUUGGCGAGGCACAGCAACUCAAGCGGAAUGCCAAGGAAGUGACGGGUCUUGAGCCCACGCUGCGCAUCCACACGGCGCUCAUCCGGGCCUAUGUGCGCGCGGGCGACUCGAAUGCUGCCCGCAAGGAGAUCCAGGAGCUCACACAGAACGGCUACGAGAUCGAUGACACCAUUGCCAACCUGAUUGAAGCCGCGCAGUCCGGGCGGGGCAAUUUCGCGUUAGUCGAUCGACCAAUUAACGAGAGGGACAGCCACAGCGUCGCUACGCGUUUCCAUGCGUUAAUGCGCAUGCGCAGGUACUUGGCCGCACAGGAGAUGCUCCAGUCGGCACUCGAUUCAGGGAUGCGGUCGGAUAAGGUGUUGCAUGAUUUGGUCCGACGGUCCGUGUCAUAUGUGGACAACCAGCAUGCCAAGGCGCUCGGUCGCGGCUCGGCUGCACAGGUGCAGAUAGACAGCGCAGCCGCAUCCGACCCACCGGCUUUCGCGCAACGGCCGGCCUCGGGAAUAGGCACCGCAAAGCAGACCCAGCGGCCACAGAAGCAGCACAAUAGAGUUGCCUCAGAAGUGGACGGAACGCCUUCGUCGCACGUCUUUGAGCUGGCCCAAGCCGUACGUUUGGCUCGAGCCAAUCGCGAGCGUAUCACAAGAGCGAUGCAAAAGACUUCGGAGGUGAAACGCAAGCAGAUGAAGGAGCAUCGCAAAAAAGUGAUCUCGCUCAUCUUGGAUUUUGCGGACGGCAAGCUGCAUGAUCAAGCACGCAAAAGCAAGAAUUAG